AUGACGGACACCGUGGACUCAAUGCUGGAUCUGAUGCGGCGCCUUCCCCCGACGCGUACUGAAGAGAAUGUAGCAGCGCUGGUCGAUAUCUGCCCCGAAUACGCGGACGAUCUGCUGGGCAGUGUCGAUCAACCAUUGAAGCUUAAGACUGACAGAGCUACGGGGAGAGAAUAUUUGGUCUGUGAUUAUAACCGUGAUGGAGACUGUCAUCGGUCGCCCUGGUCAAACGAGUAUGAUCCACCGUUGGUUGAUGGCACGGUCCCCACCCCUCGACUGCGUAAAUUGGAGAUCGCCGCGAACGAAGCAUUCGACACAUACCGUGAAAUGUACUAUGAAGGCGGCGUAUCGUCGGUAUACCUAUGGGAUCUUGACGAUGGGGGAUUCGCUGGCGUAGUGCUACUCAAGAAGACCAUGACACCUGCGACACCAAAUGAACCCUCUGGAUCCUGGGACUCCAUCCAUGUCUUUGAGACAGCCGAACGCGGCAGGCAGGCUCAUUACAAAUUGACCUCCACCAUCAUGCUUCACCUUGUCAACCGACGGUCUGACAAUGGCGAAGGCGCCAAGAGCGACGGCAGGAAGAGAGACGGUGAAGUCAGCCUAAGUGGAAGUAUGACGAGACAGACUGAGCAAGACUGGCCGCUGCAGGACGCGUCAUCUCAUAUCACCAACACCGGUAGGAUGAUAGAAGAGAUGGAAAUCAAGAUGAGGAACUUGUUACAGGAGGUUUACUUCGGCAAAACGCGAGAUAUCGUAUAUGAUCUUCGGAGCGUAGAGGACCUGGAAAGGGCACGUCGCCAACGAGAUCUGCAGAAGGAGUUGGUAGGAUUCAUCAAACGGUAG